GUUCACACGUGUCUGUAUUUUUUGGGAGCACGAGUGGUGGUAGUGUUGAAACAACAUCAUUGUAGUUAUUCGGUCAGUUUCAUAUUGCUGGUAGCGAUUGUCUUCCGCCACAACAGACAUGGGCAAGAAGUUAAAAGUCGGAAAGACUAGGAAAGAUAAAUUUUACCACCUAGCGAAGGAGACUGGUUACCGGUCCCGUUCCUCCUUCAAGCUCAUCCAACUAAAUCGUAAAUUCCAGUUACAGAAAGCACGGGCUCUUCUGGAUUUGUGUGCUGCUCCUGGUGGUUGGUUGCAGGUGGCUUCCAAGUUUAUGCCAGUAUCCAGUCUUAUCAUAGGUGUUGACCUGGUACCCAUAAAGCCCAUUCCUAAUGUGGUGACUCUCCAAGAAGACAUCACUACGGAGAAGUGUAGACAGGCCCUCAGGAAGGAGCUGCAGACAUGGAAGGUGGAUGUUGUUCUGAAUGAUGGGGCUCCCAAUGUUGGAGCCAACUGGCAGCAUGAUGCUUUCUCCCAGGCUCAUCUCACACUCAUGGCUCUCAAGCUGGCUUGUGAGUUCCUGACCAAAGGUGGCAGCUUCAUUACUAAAGUCUUCCGCUCCAAGGACUACCAGCCCCUUCUGUGGAUCUUUCAGCAGUUUUUCAAGAAGGUGCAGGCUACCAAACCUCAGGCCUCUCGUAAUGAGUCCGCCGAGAUCUUCGUCAUCUGCCAGGGCUACCUCGCUCCUGACAAAAUAGACAAUAAGUUCUUUGACCCAAAACAUGCCUUCAAAGAGGUGGAGGUCCAAGUCAAGACAGUGAAGGAGUUGGUACCUGUGAAGAAACCAAAGGCUGAGGGCUACGCAGACGACGACCUGACUCUGUAUCACAACUUCUCAGUGACCGAGUUUCUUCGAGCAGAGAACCCAGUGGACUUCCUGAGCAAAGCCAGUGAGAUUUCUUUUGACAAUGAUGAGUUAACAUGUCACCCUGCCACGACCAAUGAGAUUAAGGAGUGCUGUCGGGACAUCAGGGUCCUUGGGCGCAAGGAGCUCCGCCUCUUGUUGAACUGGCGGGGAAAGCUCCGGAGGUUCUUGGCCAAGAAGCUGAAGGAAGAGGCUAAGCAGCUGGACCAGGAAAUCAGCCUGAGCUCCAGCGAGGGAGAGAGUGAUACGGAGCAGGAGCGCAAGAAGAAGGAUUCCGCUGAGAAAGUGGAGGGAGGUGACAGCGAUGAAGAAGAGAUGGCAAAAAAACUGGCUGAGCUGAAAGCUGAGGAGGUGGCGGAACUGCGGCGAAAAAAGAAGAAGCUGCUGAGGGAGCGGCGGAAGCAGAGGGAGAGGGUGGAGCUCAAGAUGGACCUGCCAGGGGUCUCCAUUGCUGAUGACCCUGAUGCCUCCAUGUUCUCACUCAGCAAGAUCAACAAAGCCAAAGCCUUGUGUGAAAUCUCAAAGGGGGACAUGAAGGUUGCAGAUGAUGUCCUCUUAGAGGAAGAGGGAGGAGGUGACGACGUUUAUCUCUCUGAUGCUGAGAGCGAUCAAGUGUCUCUCGCCUCUGAUCUGGACGCUGAGGACCUGGAAGAAAUAGAGAAGAGACAAAAGCAGCUUAAAACUAAGGAAGUGAAAAAAAAAGUGUCCUUCGAGGAGGAUGAAAAGGAUCAGGACGAGCAGAGAAAUGAGCUUCUGGUGGAGUUGGAGGGAAAGGAGGAGAAGCAAAACCGGGAGACCAACAUGUGGUUCAGCAAGGACAUCUUUUCAGGGUUGGAUCUGGAUGCUGAUGCUAAGGCAGAGCUCAAACAGACUCAAAGGCUUCAGAACAAGUCACUCGGUGGUAAAGGCACAAAGAGAAAGGCCCAGGAACAAGACACACCAGCAGUCCAAGAACAGGAAGAGGCAGGACAUUCAGAGGAAGCAAAGAUGUCAGAGGACCAGGAGGAAAGGGACAGUGACUCAGAUGACAGCAGUGAUGAUGAGAGGGAGAUUGCCCAGAUGAAAAAGGCGUCCGGUGGUUUGGGUGGCAGCAGUGGAGUGGAUGAUGAUGAUGAUGAUGAUGAAGAUUUCAAAGUGGUGCCUGUGGAGAGCACAAGUAAGCGAGCUCAAAUUCUAGAUCCGGAGGGGCUUGCCAUUGGCUCUCAGAUCGCCACAUCCAAGAAGAAACAGAGAGACCUGAUCGAUGGCUCUUUCAACAGGUUCGCCAGUUCAGAGGACCCGUCUGAGGUUCCCGAGUGGUUUUUGGAUGACGAAAAGAAGCACAGGCGGAAACCAGUGCCUAUAACCCGGGAAAUGGUUGAGGAGUACAAACAGCGAUGGAGGGAGAUCAACGCUCGGCCCAUCAAGCGUGUAGCUGAAGCAAAAGCCCGCAAGAAGAGGAGGAUGCUGAAAAAAAUGGAACAGGCAAAGAAGAAGGCUGAGGCCGUGGUGAACACAGUCGACAUUUCUGAAAGAGAGAAGAUGGCUCAGUUGAGAAGCAUCUACAAGAAGGCCGGUCUCGGGAAGGAGAAGCGCGAGCUGACUUAUGUAGUGGCCAAGAAAGGGGUCGGGAGGAAAGUGCGGCGGCCGGCUGGUGUCAAGGGCGUCUUCCGUGUUGUGGAUGGCAGGAUGAAGAAGGACAGGAGGGGCCAGAACAGGAAGGAGCAACGAGAGAAGGGCAAAGGGAAGAAGGGGGGCAAGGGAAUGAAAAGGGGAAAGGGGCAGACGAACAAGAAGUAACUGCCCCUUGCUAAAUAGUGUCCCUCUCACCUCCCCCUGAGCUACACUGUGUUGUAGCUGAACACUGGUGGACAGUUGGUGGACUAAACGAUAGCUGUGAACAUGAGAAUGGAGGACUGUGUCCGAGUGGUGGUACCGUGGCCUUUAGCCUUUCAUCACCGCCCUGCGAACUCGUCAAUCCAAAAAUGGUCAGGUUUCUACCCUGUUCAGUCUGAUAUGAAUGAUUGUGUUAUUUGUCGAGGU